AUGCAGUGUGAUCUACCACCUGUAGGCGACGGCGACGUAGACGACUGUGGAGAUGAUGAGGAUGAAGUAGAUGACAAUAACGAUGAUGUUGAUGUUGACGAUGACGAUGAGGUAGGUCGCCGAUGGUCGCAGCACAACGAGGACACGGGUACACUAGCGAGGCGGGUCGCCGUCGGCACCGCCCGCCUGCCACGCCCCAAUCAAAUCGGAAUCCCGGGGAUAGGAGAGAUGGAGACGAGUCCAUAA